GCUUUGGAGUUUGGUAUAAAAACUGCAAGUACGUUCCACCUACCUCCGCUCCUGUCUCGUUCAGUACUAACAUUCUAGCUCUCUUCCCAACAACCUUCCUGAAUCCUGACUCCUGAGGGACAAAUCGGCUCCACCUUCGGACCUCCCGGUGUCUUCUUCGACGCAGUCCAUACCCUACAACUCCUCCCAUGUCAGGAAAGGUCUCCAAGGCAGAAUAACAAGCAAUUCCGGUGAUCCUUUGAACGGGUGAUUACUGGGAGGAUUCGAUCAGUUCGGAUCUUUUGUUCGGUACAUGCGAGAAAUCUUGGUUGAAUCGGUUACUGUUCUCUCCUAGAAGGAAGCGACUUGUAGCUUUCUGCGGUAUUGAAAGCAUGGAGGUUGCUAUUGCCCCGACCUUGCAGUUUUCUACAUGGACUGGUCAGGAGACGGUCGGAAGGAAAUCAGAUGGUUUCUUGCGGUUUUCUAAUAAAUGCAGGGAGGAGAAGGGAAUUCAUAUGCUUAAUUCGAGGAAUUUGCAGCAGAAGAGUGCUUCUGCUCGGCCUAGAAUUGUUGCUUUGGAGGUUUCGGGCUCUUACAAGUAUUCUACUGCUUCAGCAUUGGAAUCAGGGAAGGUUUGUACUUCCUUUGACGAAGCUUUGAUUUUAAAGAAGAAGGUACAAGAGGUUGGCCCACACUUAGAUGGACGCUGUAUUUAUCUUGUUGGAAUGAUGGGCUCCGGUAAAACUACAGUUGGGAGGAUUCUAUCAGAAGUAUUGGGUUAUUCUUUCUUUGACAGCGACAAACUGGUGGAGGAGGCUGUGGGUGAAUCUUCUGUGGCUCAGAUCUUUAAGCAGUAUGGUGAGAAGUUCUUUAGAGAUAAUGAGAGUGAUGUAUUGCGGAACUUGUCUUUGAUGCGCCGGCUAGUUGUUGCCACUGGUGGUGGUGCUGUGAUUCGGCCAAUCAACUGGAAAUAUAUGAAACAGGGCUUCACAGUCUGGUUAGAUGUGCCUUUGAAAGCUUUGGCAAGGCGUAUUGCUGCUGUAGGGACAGAUUCCCGCCCUCUUUUGCAUGGAGAAACGGGUGAUGCUUAUUCAAAGGCAUUAUCGCGACUCUCGACACUUUUUGAAGAGAGGGGCGAAGCAUAUGCCAAUGCUGAUGCCAGAGUUUCACUCCCUCAUAUUGCAGCCAAGGUAGGACUUGAUGAUGUAUCUGGUCUCACACCAACUGCUAUUGCUAUCGAGGCACUUCUACAAAUUGAAUAUUUUGUAAAGCGUGAUGAUGGUAUGACUAGUGCAAGGAAUUCAUAACUCUUCCAGCAACCUGGUUUUGGUUUCACUUUGUUGUAAUCAUUUAUGCCUGAUAUCUAUUUAUUAUUUUGAGUGUUGGCGUUGUUCCUCUUAUAGACAGAUGGAUCAGAUGUUUCAGCCUACUUGUAUAAUUUUUCUUUUAUUUUUGCUGGUGGAGUGACUUGUAUGUAUCGUUUACCCAACAUAAAAAAAAAGGAGAGGAGCUUAUAUGUA